GAGGCUGUGAGCGGAGCACCACGCCAGCCUUCCUGACUGCAUGCAUGUAGCCAAACCUACCUCUGUGUCUCUGUCUGCGUUUUGUUUCAGCCAUGUCCCUGGCCAAAAUCACUUUAAGACUGUUGGUGUUCGCUGCAGUCACCGUCCUGGCUGUACUGCUGCUGCAGUACUGGCUGGCCAGUAAGCAGUACGUGUUCAACAAAGAAGACGUCUCCAAAUUGGCCAAACAGUAUGCAGGUCAGGACCAUGAGCAGGCUUUCUCCAAAGUGGUUGUGGAGCUCAGGAAAAGAUAUCCUGGCCACAUCCUGCCAGACGAGGACUUGCAGUGGGUGUUUGUGAACGCUGGAGGCUGGAUGGGCUCCAUGUGUGUCCUCCAUGCCUCUCUCACAGAGUACUUGAUACUGUUUGGUACUGCGGUGGACACAGGAGGACACUCAGGUCGUUAUUGGGCUGAAAUUUCUGACACCGUUAUCUCUGGCACCUUCAGACAGUGGAAGGAGGGGACGACAAAGAGUGAAAUAUACUAUCCUGGUGACACCAUUGUACAUGCUGUAGGAGAGGCCACAUCAGUCCAGUGGAGUGCCGGGACUUGGAUGGUGGAGUACGGCAGAGGCUUCAUCCCUUCCACGCUGGGCUUUGCUCUAGCAGACACCAUUUUCAGCACCCAGGACUUCCUCACAAUGUACUACACUUUUAAUGUCUACAUGAAAGGUUUGCUGCUUGAGGCUGGCACACUACUUACAGAAGUUGGUGUUCUCUAAGGGUCUUAAAUGAUUGCACAUGGACGUUACUAUCAAAAGUUGUGCUGUGCCAUUUUCUACCCAACCGAUAAAUCUGGUAGAGGAGACACUUAUAAGUGCUGACAUUAAUAUUUUUAUAUGAAAUUGUAGACAAUCCAAAUUUAUAUCAGUACAGUUAAACAUCUUCAUUAACGUUCUUGACCCUCAGAAAGGCUAUGCACAAGAAAAUAUCCAACUGGAUUUCAGCUUAUAGUCUUAACAUUUGAGAGAGAAAUCACAAACACUCAAACACGCACUAUUCUGAAUGACACCCUACCACAUUAUCUGGAGUUUUAAGAGUGGAAUUCAGCAUCCACUCAUUAAACAUUCCUGUGAGAGCUCAGACUGCCUCCAUAGUCACAAAGACCAAAAAAAAAAUAAAAAAUUAGGAUCUGGUUUAAAGGUUAAAACCUUAAAGCUUCUUUUGCUAAAUUCAUUCAUUCACUCAUUGUUAUAAAAAUAAGGCAAUAUAUGCAACCACGUUUGGGUGUAUUCACUUCACCAACCAAUGUUUGUUUUUUACAAAAUGUACUGAUGUUCAAAGUGGUUUUUGAUCAAUGCACAUUUGCAAGCCAAGGAGAUCCUUCCCAAACAAAUAUGCAAUGCUUAAUUUGGACUGUAAAACCUACAAAAAUGUAUAUAAUGCACAGCCCAAAGCCACUAUUGUCUUAGUCGAUGCCAAUUUCCUCUUUGUAUUCAUGCAGAUUCUCUGUACAUGAGGUCCUUUGUAAAUGCAGCUUGAUUAGGAUUCAGAUUCCCUAAGCGACUCUCAGAAACCAACACCAAGAAGCAAAGAAGAGCGUUUGCUUUAAAGCUUCUCUUGGCAUUGGCCACCAUUUACCCAUUCAUAGCGAAACUGUUUGCACUAUGUCUUUUGAAGCUGGUAGAAACCUGAGAGGAUAUGCUAAUGAAAGCUCCCGUCUUGUCAGCUGUGUGAACUCUGGUGGUUUUAUUUUUCUACUAACUCGUCUCUGCAUGUGCUCAUCUUCUUGAGAGCUACAGUGUUUGGGCAGCCACCAAAUUUUUUGACUAGAUGUGUAAGGAGUUUGAUAUUUUUAUCUCUCAAAACUGUGGAGAAGAUUAAUCAAGUAAAAUUAAUGUCUUUUCAAACAGUAAAGCAAAAACUUUAUAUUGCAUACUGUAAAUACUGUGGUAGGACAUCAGAUGUGUAUUUAGAGAAAGUUGAAAGCUCCUUUAAAUGUUUGUGCAAGUCAUGUUAGGGUAAAAAACAUGAGAGAACAUGGCUACAGUCAAUGCUACAGACACAUGCAGACAGCAGGUCUGCAAGAACGUUUUGAGCUCAAAAAGACUCUAGAUUAACUUGAAUAAUAUUUGACUCUGACCAAGCUUCUUGGCUUCGGAGUCUUCAACCUCCUUUCAUGUUGUUGAAUUUUGCACUGGCCCACUGGGAGGGCUACAUCUCUACUUCCUAAUGUAAUACUGUGGAUAAAUGUGAUUGGUGUUUUAAACCUGCACAAGCAAAUCUGCUGCUGAUCAGUCUGUUUGUAUCUUGUCAUGUAAAACAGCCUUAUUUUCAGACUAAUGGCUGGACCCAUCAAGAGCUAUGUAGGGUUUCUGUUCUACUUAAAAUGUGCUGUAACUACCUUAACUGGUGUUAAUUAGCAGCAACAUCAGUAGGAGUGCCGUCUCAGAUGAAUUGUAAUACUGUACCAGAUGUGCAAUUUACUUAGGGUGAUGAAUGAAACUGACAGUGCCAAAAAAAUAAAUA